AUGGCGCAGUCAGUGCGGAUCGGCGUGGACGUCGGCGGAACAAACACCGACGCGGUGUUAAUCGACCUGGGACAGCGAGACGCACCGUCUCGUGGCAUUCGCUCAUCUCACAAGGCCCCAACGUCCCCGGACGUCACCACGGGCAUCCAAGAAGCUAUUAACACGGUCCUUCGUGACUCCAAGGUCGCUCCGGAAAAUGUGGCGUCCGUUACUAUUGGCACAACUGCCUUCCUGAACUCCGUGCUGGAGCAAGACCCCCGCCGUCUAAGCAAGGUUGCGAUUAUCCGAUUGUCGAAAUCGUUCCUGCGUGAUGUGAAGCCGUUUUCCGAGUGGCCAGCUGGACUGGCUAGUCUCAUCAAUGGAUAUGUCGGGUACAUCGAUGGCGGCCUCCAUAUUGACGGGUCUCAGGAGGCGCCGGUGGUCGAAUCGCAGGUCGUUCGGGAGUGCGAGAACAUCAAGGCGCUCGGUUUAACGACUGUCGUCGUGGCAGGUGUUUACUCGCCCAUUGAUGAGGUGUUCCGGCAGGAGGAAACGGUGCGGGAGAUCAUUGCCCGCGAGAUUCCGGGGGCGGACGUCGUAUGUUCGAAGGAGAUUGCCAAUAUAGGUUUCCUGGAGCGGGAAAAUGCUGCUAUCCUCAACGGCGCCAUCUUGAGAUACGCGCGUCAAACAAUCCGACGCUUCCGCAGUGCGAUGAAAUCCCUUCAUCUGCAGUGUCCGCUGUUUCUCACACAGAAUGAUGGCACCAUCAUAGACGCGACUAAUGCAGCUAAGACACCCAUCCGGACGUUCAACUCCGGUGCUACGAAUUCCAUGCGCGGCGCCGCAUAUCUAGCUGGAGAGGAUCUGGCUAAUAAGUCUACCAUUGUCGUUGACAUCGGUGGCACCACGACUGAUGUUGGGGUUCUGCUUCCGUCUGGGCUGCCACGUCAAGCUUCGGCUUAUGUGAAAGCCGCGGGAAUCAAGGUAAACUAUUCCAUGCCCCAUCUGUACUCUGUCGGACUCGGCGGAGGAUCCAUUAUCCGUGAUGCACAGAGCGACGCAAAUACCGGGGCUGUCACCGUUGGUCCAGAUUCCGUUGGGCAUAGACUGCUCACGGAGGGUCUUGUGUUUGGCGGAGAGACUCUGACCGCAACGGAUAUUGCUGUUGCCGGUGGUCAGUGUGUCGUAGGUAAUGCGGAGUCCGUUAAACAUCUAGCUCCUGAGUUGGUAUCUGCGUCACAGACACGGAUCAAACAGAUCUUGGAGCGCUCGAUUGACCUCAUGAAGACCUCGCCAGAGCCACUGCCAGUGCUCCUUGUCGGAGGAGGUGCCGUUCUGGCCCCUGCAGAGCUAGUGGGUGCCUCCAAACUCAUCAACCCGCCAUUCUUCGAUGUAGCGAACGCGGUGGGGGCCGCCUGCGCCAAGGUCGGUGGAACAGUAGAUAAAAUAACCAGCAUCGCAAAUAAGUCGAUCACGGACGCUGUGGAAGACGCUAAGAAAGCUGCCAUUGAACGAGCUAUUCAAGCCGGCGCCGUUCCAAAUAGUGUUUUUAUUGCUGAGGUUGAGUCCAUGCCGAUUCCAUAUAUUUCCAAUCAGUUGAGAACUGUCGUCAAGGCGAUUGGAGAUUUGGAUACUGAGAGGUCAAUGAACAUGUUUGUUGACAACGAUGAGGGCGCCGUGGAGGAGGAGACGAUAGCUGACAGCCCCAAGACGGUGGAACACCUUCAAGUGCCGGACGUGAUUCCCGUUGAUCAUCUUACCUACAGGCCGAAGGUUCUCUUCAACGAGAAGGCUGGCUGGCAGGAAUGGCUCCUGACAGAAACCGACCUGGACUACAUCGCAGACGGAGCGUAUGUCCUCGGCUGCGGCGGCGGCGGAAGUCCAGACGCUGGCCGCAUUCAACUACAAGAGAUGAUCCGUCAAGGGUACAAAAUCCGGUGCAUUGAUCAUUCCGUCCUGCCGGACGAUGCACUCGUCUACUGGGGAGGACGCAUGGGAUCACCGGCAACCACUGUGGAGCGACUCCAAGCCCACGAAACGGUGGAUGCGAUCGGCCAGCUCAUGCACUACAUGGGUCACAAAUCCUUCGAUGCCGUGAUGGGCCUCGAAAUCGGUGGGUCCAAUGGUCUCGAAGCCUUUCAAUGGGGCUCAGAUCGAUUCUACGAUUGCCCCGUUAUCGACGCGGACUUCAUGGGCCGUGCCAAUCCCAUGAUCUGGCAGACUACAAUGGCCGUGUAUCGGCCGGGGGAGCUCGCUCCUUGUGCAAUUGACUCCGGCGAUGGAAGGUCUGUCAUCAUGCCCCGAGCGGGUGAUGAUGAGAUGGUCGACCGGGUGCUCCGUGCUGCUUUGACUGAAAUGGGCUCUUUAGUUGGCUUAUCAGCUCGCCCGACAAAUGGUGCGGCUGUGAGGGCAUUCGCCAUUUUGAAUACGGUGUCACUAUCAUGGAGAAUCGGGAGAGCCAUUGCCCAGGCUGCUCAAUAUAGUACACUUCUCACCGUGCCAGAAGCCAUCAUUGCUGAAGUCGGAGGCGCCCAGUCCGCCAAGGUCCUAUUCCGAGGCAAGAUCUCUGGAAUCGAGCAGACAGUAUACAAAGGACAUUCAUACGGCGAGCUCAUCAUCACCGAAGUCCCCGCCGAGGACGACGACCAGACCACUAAUCAGAAUUGCUCCCCUGCGGUUGCGCAAGGCGGGCAGCUCCGCAUCCCGUUCAAAAAUGAGAAUAUCUACGCAGAGCAUCAUGCUGCCGACGGCUCGAAGAAGAUCAUCGCCAGCGUGCCGGACCUCAUUUGCAUCUUGGACAAGGAAUCAGGCAAGCCAAUCGGGGUGCCCGAGUACCGCUAUGGCUACCAGGUGGUGGUGCUGGGAUUAGCCUGCUCUCCACACUGGUCCAAGACGGAACGAGGCCUCGAGAUCGGUGGACCGAAGGGCUAUGGAUAUGAUUUCGCAUAUGAGCCGUUGGGCGAGUAUGUUGAGCCUAGGAGUGUGAUUGAUGAGUUCAAGGAGGUCCCCGAAGCUAUUGUUGACUGGGUCAUGUGGCCCUUUAGGACCCUGGAAUUCAGAGUUAAUUUGGUCGGUGACUAUGACUGUGGCAAGACCACUCUACUUUAUCAGAUGAAGCUGGGGGAAUUGGUGACUACCAUUCCGACAAUCGGCUUCAAUGUUGAGACCGUCGAAUACCCGAACAAGUAUAAAUGGACAAUCUGGGACAUGUCCAUAUCUAGAAGGUCGCGCGAGCAAUUGAUCCACAGCUACUUUGGGGAGACUGACAUUGUUCUAUUUAUCCACAACUGCGAUCCGCAACAGCCCGAGCCCAUCUAUGAUUUUCAAUACUUUGUCGACUUUGUGCAGCAGCAUGAUUGUAGACAUCUAUGGAUUCUCCUUAACAAACAAGACACACUUCCCCCAGAAAGCGCCCCAGAAAUUGUCGAGGGCCUGCGAAGGAAGUAUAAGGAGGAGAUGGCCCAGUGUGGGGAUAAACUCUCAUGGAGGAUUUUAGAUCACAGACUCAGUGCCAAAACGGGAGAAGGGGUGCUGGAAAUCCUCCGCCAACUUCAUUCAUCUGCAGAUCUUCUUUUGCGGACUCGACCGAGACCCCAGCCCCAACCGAGUGCCGAUUCCAAGCAAGAGCCUAAGAUAGUGUUUACUCUAGACAAACCAGAGGAUACAGUAUCCAGUCCGAGUCAGAGCGAGCCUAUUAACAAACGAGCAUCACAGGAUCCUGUUAAUGCCCAGGCCUUUUGGGACUCAUUUGUUACUGGAGACAUACCAGUGUGGGAUCAUCAUGCCCACCUGAAGGUGACCUACAUUGUAGUUUUAGAAUAUGUGAAACGAAGACAAAGUACGUUUGCUAUGGCUGAUGUCAUAAUCGCCCAUCUAAGGCGAUUACAAAACAGUCUGCCAGAGAAGUUCAGAAAUAGGGUACAUCGUACGAUAACGAUUUUCUGGAUUUUACAGUUACAAAUCGUCAUCAGAAAUUACAGGAUCGCCAACAGACUUGGUGAAGACCCGUUAUGGAUCGACUUUUACAAGGUCUUGUUCCAUACACCAUCUGUGAUGAACCCCCGUCUCUGGAGUUCGUAUUAUAGCACACAAUAUCUUUUUCACCCACGAGCAUGGAGUUCAUGGAUCCCUCCUGAUCAUCAGCCAUUGCCCGUCAUGACAUCCCUUCUUGACAAGCCUGCUAGUUUCUCGACAAAAAAAGGAGAUCCCGCUAGACUGAUACGAUUCGCGUUUGUGUUCAUCAGCCAGUGCGAACAGAUCUCAGAAUCGCGCGACGAAAAUGCCAUACAACAGGCACUUGUCACACUCCAAUCAACGACUAUCCGUCUACGGGCUAUACACACGGCGACACCACCAUAUUCCGAAACGCAAGCCCGGUUUUGGUUGCAUAUGGUCCGCGCAUGUCUACAGUCAUUGGAGAUACCCCAGGGAGACAGUAGAGGAAUUAUACCGUCACAAUUGACAUUUGACGGUUUCGUGGCCCUUUUCUGUCUCAGACCAACGUUAUGGAAGAGAUACUAUACCCAAAAGACAUGGGAUGGUCUCGCUGCUCGAGUCCAGUAUGUUGCCCCAGAGAGACGCGCGUUGCCAAAUGUUAUCAACAUAUCGGCCCGUAAUAGUGAGGUAGAGGCGAUAAUGAGAGGGAUAGAAAAGGAGGCACUACAUUCGGACUCAGAAUCAUUGGAGGAUGUAUUGUUGGCUACAUACACGGAAAGUGCAGAAUCGUCUGGGACAAAAGAGCAGAGAGUCGACAUUGAGGCUUUUCUUUCAUGUUGCGAUGAUGGUCUAAACCAUGAAAAGGGUAGCUUUGUUGAUUAG